CUCCGACCCUGCCGAAAUGGUGGACCCCAUGUAGUUUUGUUUUGAUCGUGUUCAUCAAGACUUUGGGUCCGCUAUCCUCUCGGCGAGGUGAUGACGCUAGGGCUUCCCGUCAACUGAGGAAUACGAGAAGGCCGCCGGGCUGCCCCCCCCCCCCUAACACCAAGCGGCGCUAAUAAAGCAUUUCUAUUUUCUGCUCGGUAAGAGGUUAUUUUACUCGAAUGCUCCGCGUUGUCGAUUCUCUUUCCAUCACGUCGCAAAAAAUGUCGCCAACAUGACCCGCGUCGCUUCUCUGACCGGGCUGGGGAGGGGAGCCAAGAUCCUCGCCAUAUGCGUCGUCUUUACCUGCCUGGCUCUCUUCUUGCAAUCCUUGCACUUGCCUUCAGAGCUGUACAACUUGCGGACUGCAACGAGUAACAGUAAAGUGGUGGCUCAUCCGCUGCCCAAGAAGCCAGCCAACACCACUGUCAGCGCCCUCGUCUUCUACGGUCGCGAGGACAGAGUGUCGUCUCUGCGCUGCUACUUGGAGCGCAACCUUGUCGAAAAUGGAGGCUGGCUAGACGAAGUCUUGUGGGUGGUGAACACGGACAAAGCCGACGACCUCCAUUACCUCGACGAGAUUAUUGAGAGCAACCCAACUGUCCAUCGCAAGCUCGUCGUUCCGGGCGACAAGUUAUGGGUCUACUCGUACUACAAAGCAUGGCAACGGCUUGACCGAGGAAAGUACUAUGUCAAAAUAGACGACGAUAUCCUCUGGAUGGCCGACGAUGCGAUCCCCCGGCUCGUCGCUCAAAAGAUAGCGCGUCCGCAAGACCUCGUCGUAUCGGCCAACAUCAUCAACAACCCUCCGCUCGGCUUCAUGCACUACCACAUGGGCGCGUUGCAUCCAUACUUCCCCGACACCGAAGCCCCUGCGGAGGAGGCCGAUGCCACCACGCCAUGGAAGCCGUCGCAGCACCCUUACUGGGAAGGUCCCGCGGAUUACACGUGGCCCCUCGACAAGAAGCCGCCACACAAGAACCAUCGAUGGCUCCGUGUCCAGGACGACAACAUGAUGGGCCAGACCCCCGCCGCCGAGCUCAAGUACGAAGUCUGGGGGCCGAGCUACGAAAGCUGGGCCAUCGCCGCGCAGAUGCACUACUCGCUGCUCGAGAACAUCGAGAACGACAGAACCGAUGCAUACAAGUUUGGCACCUGGGAUAUGCACGGACACCGCAUCCGCAUCAACUUCAUGUGCUUUUACGCCGACGAUAUUCUGAACACGGAUGUUGAGAACUGGCCCAAAAAUAGGGGUGACGAAGACAUGGUUGUCAUCGACCUCCCCAAACAGUUGAAUCGCUCUGUCACCAUUGCGGGUGCAGCGUUGGGCGCUCACUUCCAAUACUCGGAUCAAGGUGACCUGGCCGAUACAGACCUGUUGAGACGAUACAGAGCGCUUGCAGAUGAGCGCGCCUGUCAGUUUCAGCGUCGCAAGCAAUCACCUACUACCACAUCCAAGUCUCGGCCAAAAGCGACGAAUAGAAGUCGACGAGCUGUCGGUUCGCGAUAGGGCAAGCUCGAACUCAUAGUCACUUGUCGACGUCUCUACGAAUCUCCCCUGCGAAAGGGGCCCACAUCCACGCCCUAAUGGCACCAAAACAGUGCCCAAAUCACUGCAAUGUUGGCUAGCAGAUGGCAGUGUUAAUGAUCUGCAUGUACUACUACUACCUUGUCAAUGCCGUUUGACUUGCAAAGUCAAAAUGUCGAGUUCGGACAGUUUGUAACGGCUAGACGUCAGAUGAUACCAAAUAUACCCCUGAACAAACCUCUCCAUGUGUUCCGAGAGCCGACCAUGGCCCACGCAAAUGUCCCUCAGCUGCUGCACCACUCUGAGCGUCUCGUUGGUGAUGCGGCGCAGCGACUGGAUCAAGCUGAUGUUGUAAAACUUUGAGUAGCUGCGAAUGAACCCGGCGGCGUCACCGGGACUUGCC